AUGACAAAUUUUGAUGCAGCUAAAGCUUUAUUUGUAGAAGUAGAUACGAAUCAAGAUGGAAGGAUUGAUCGAGAUGAAUUUCGUAAUUGGAUUGCAAAUACGGGAGGAUUAACUUCAUCAUGUGAAUUAUCAACUAGUGGACUUACUCUUUAUGAUAAUGCUACUAGUCGAAUUGAUGGAAAUGAAUAUAAAGUUAGUUCUCAAAAUGCUUUUGAAUCUACGGCUGACCUAAAUACUUCAUACGGAGUUACAACAGCAUCGGCUGAAUUCACUGGAGAUACAGCAAUUCAUACAAGUACUGUACAACAAACGAACCAAUAUCUUUCACAAUCAGGUAAAAAUAUUUAUAAUGAUCCUAAUCCACAAAUUGUUCGACGAGCAGCAACUGGAGGACCAAUAACUUAUGAACAAAAAGUUCUUGUUCGAUUUCUUCAACCACCAGCUAUUCCACCACCAGGACCACUUAUUAUUAAAGAAGUGCAUCCGGUACAACCACCUCCACCUCCACCACUUAUAGUGCGUCAACGUGCACAACCUCUUCCCACACCAUCUCCACUCAUCUUACGUGAACGUCCACCAAUACCACCGGCACCGAUUGCUAGCCAAACAAUUGUUCGCUGUUUACCUGCUGUACCUGUUCCACCACGAUCAGUUAUUAUCGAACGUAUUCCAUCUCUUCCACAAAAACCACGUGAUAUUAUAAUUGAACGAUGGAUUCCCUAUGGACCUCAACCAAAACGUCGUACCAUUGUUUGUCGUGCUCCUCCUGCAGUACCAUAUCCACAACCACGUAAUAUCAUCGUUGUUUAUGAAGCUCCUCAAGCACGUAUAGUCCGACAAUUUAAAAACCUUGGUGUAAUUCAAGAAAAUCCUCAAAAUUAUAUAGUUCGUUAUGGAGCAUCGCUUUUAGAUCCCGCAACACUUGUUCAGCUAGCUCGUAAUGCUGGUGUUAUUGAAGAUAUAUCGCCUCCUGCAGUAUCAUCUUCAAUAUAUGUUGGCACAGGCGGAAAUGCUGUUGGUUUUGAUCAGUCAAAUGUAACAACUGGUCAAAGUUUUUCGUCAUCAGGUACAACUAGUUUUGGCGGAAUUCAACUAGUUCGUGGUACAAAAGCUGUAAAUCUUGGUAAUGCAAAUUAUGCGUCAUCAAGUUUUAUUGGUGAUAGUGCUUUAGCUGGCAGUACUAAUAUAGCUAAAGCUGGAUUUAAUGUAGGUGAUGCAAGUUUGACUACUACUGCUGAUAUCAAUCAUGGUGGACAAUUAAAUCAAACAGAAUCUCAACGAUUUAUUCAAAACCAUAGUUAA